GAAAAGAAGGAAAAGAGACAAAGCAUUCUUGGAAAUAUUACUGGUGGUUUAACGACCUUAAUUGAAACUACCACAGAUACCGUCAAAGAUCUUGGAAAACACGUAGAACAAGCUCUUACUUUUGAUACAGACGAUCAUGAUCAUCAAGAGAAAGCUGCCGCCUUAAUAGUUGUUCAAUCUAAUGCUACACCCGAAAAAACUAAAUCAAUUGUCACAACACAAAAAGAUGAUGGAUGCUUCGAUUUGAGCGAAACAGUAGCUAAAGAAUUAGACGUUCCUACAAAAGAAGUUGUAACUACUAUUCAAACAUAUACCACAAAUGAGAAGUUAAAGAAACCCGAAUCAGCAUCUUGGUGGACAACAGCAUUAACUCUUAGUUAUCUCAAGAAUGCCGCAUCUGAACACGAAGGAGAAUGGAGAGACAAAUAUAAUAAAGCACGAGAAUAUCUUACUGCACAAAUUGGAGAUUCCGAAACCGAAAAAGAAUUACUUAACACUACUGACAAAUAUGUAGUAGAUAAUGCUGCAAAGAAAGUAAUUAUUGAGAAAAAGAAAACCGCGAUGAUUGCUAUCCAAUCGGCUACAAAACCCGAAACAGUUGAGAUGGCUACGUCUACUCAAAAAGAUGACGGUUCAUUUGAAAUUAGUGAAACUAUCACAAAUGAACUUGAU